AUGGACACCGGCUCUAGGGACCGACGCUCAUGCUUCCUCGGCGGCGCCGCAAGCCAGCCGGAUGAGCAACUCGCCUACCCUGCGCCGACCGCCACAAAGCCCCCGACCUCCGCCGCCAUCCGUGCGCAAGGCUACCGCAUCCACAUCUCCGGCACUGCCGGCUCGGGUAAGCGACCUCCGGGCAAUGCCGUCGACGCCCUGACGGAACGACCGGACCCCGGACGCGGUCAUGCCCGGCCCGGCUCACCCGGCCUGCAGCGCAACGUGCUGCUGCUACAGGGCCUGGAGACGCACGUCUCGUACCGCAAGGCUUUUGCGGCGUGGACGGUGGCACCGUCGAGCGACGUGACGCGCGACCCUCUGUGUGAACGCGAUGCUGGCGUUUUUUUCUCGUGCACCACGGACGGGCUGCCGGACAGCGGACGUGCCGGUCCCGGAGUUGUGCGAGGCCCUGACGACGGCGCGGGUCAGGAACGGUGCGACGGCCGCGGCGCUGGCUCUAUUUCUGCCGGCACCUCCCCCUUCUGCGCGCCAUCCGCCCACAUAUCAUCGCCUCUUUGCGACGAGCUUGGCAAAGGUUUCCUUACACAGCACUACCUCACAAUGCGCAAGAUGAAGGAGAAACAUAACGUGUGCAUUGCUAUGAUUAUGGUAUCCGAUGACUGA